CUGCCCCAGAUUAGGGACUCCAUCCCCAUGACCUUUGCUCCACCCCCCCUCCCCGUAAUCUGCAUAGAGGAAUGACAGGCAUUUGGCUGAACAGGAACAGUUUGAGUUGGGCUGCGGCGGCGGUAGCGGCAGCAGCAAGCAGCAGCGGGAGGAGGAGGAUUUACAACUAGCUCGGCAAGAGGAGGCAGAAUUUGCACGGAGGAGGCUGCUAAGAUUAAGAGCGAGCGCUGGGAGAAGCUGAAAUGAGUUCUCCGAAGUUUCUGUGCGAGAGGAAACCUGAUCAGAGGACCAAGAGAGCCGCCUGAUUGCUGGAUCCCGGCCCUCCUCCAGGACGCGAGAUGGGCCAGACUUCAAUCUCCACUCUUUCGGCAGAGGCUAGUGUUGAUGGGAUUGACAAAGUAUCAGUUGCCAACUCAGAUGGGACGAAUCCGGGAUCUCAAACACCGCCUUUUAAGAGGAAGGGCAAACUCUCAACAAUUGGUAAAAUCUUCAAACCGUGGAAAUGGCGAAAGAAGAAAACAAGUGAAAAGUUUAUAGAAACCUCAGCAGUGCUGGAAAGAAAGAUAUCAACAAGGCAGAGCAGAGAGGAGCUAAUAAGAAGGGGUGUCCUAAAGGAUAUAAAUGAGCAAGAUGUGGAUGCCACAGUGAAUUAUGAAAUCUCUAAUGGUCACACGAUAGUAAUUACAGAAGAAGCCAUACAGGAAGAAAAUGUAAAAACUGUAGAAGACAAUGGUUCAUUAUCAGCAAAGGCAGCUGUUUCUGACGAGAAAAAAGAGGAUAAAAAAGAUAAGCCUCUUCCUAAAGGCCUUGAAACAUCAGCCGUGUCUGUUUCUCCUCUUCCUCCUCCUCUACCACCACCUCCUCCUAAACCUAAGCCUAAAGCUAAAAAAGCAGCCAUUCCUCCAAAAAACGCUGCUGCUGCUGCUUCUACAACUAGCCAUAAAACUACUGAAGUGCCACAUGCUAAAAAAAAGGGCAAGUCUCCUUCCAAGCAGGCCUCUGCCCCACCUGCCAAGCCAACAAGCCGCAGUGGGACUCGAGAAGCUGCUAUUUCCUCUAAUUUAAAGAAAGGACAUGCUUCCAAAUCAUCAUCUCCUUCUUCCACAUCAUCUCGCUCUAAACCUUCUAAAGAACCAACAACAAGCAAAAGCAGCACAGGGACUCCCAGGGAUAAGAAGAAACAGGUGAAACAGGUGACGACACGAACACCAUCUGAUGGGGACAUUACUUCUGCCUCCAGCACGACAGCGGAGAACUCGAAGACCAAAGUGGAACUCUUUAAAUCAGAAGAAUCUCUCCAUAUUAUCCCUGAAGCUGGAGACACAACCCAGAACAGCACUAUGACUGUUCCUCCCCCUCCUCCUGCUGUUCCAGCUCCUCUUCCUCCAACCAUCCCAACUUUGUCUCCAGGCUGUGAGCCCGCUGGCUUUUCAGGCACAGAACAUGUGCCAGUUAGUAUUGAAGCAGGCCCAUCUGUUCCUGGCACACACAUAAGCGAUCUUCAUAUAAAAACUGAAGCAGACAGUGAAAGCACUUCAAGCAGUGCAGUCUUAGAGCAUAGCCCGGAGAUUGGGGGAGAAGACACAGAAUGUUCUGCUAUCAAAGAACAUCAGGAAAAAGAAAUCCCUGAGCAAACUAGUCCUCUUCUGACAGAUGAACUUUCUGAAACUUCUGAAGAAAAUCCAGAAAUUGGAAACAGCAAAAAUAAUCAAACCAGUGACUCGGAUUCAGAUGGGCCUAUACUUUAUACAGAUGAUGAUGAAGAUGAUGAUGAAGAUGCAAGCGGUGAAAGCUCUUUAGCAAGUAAAAUACAUCGUAGGGAUACUCUCGCAAUCAAACUUGGCAACAGACCAUCCAAAAAAGAACUGGAAGAUAAAAACAUCUUGCAGAGAACAUCUGAAGAGGAGAGACAGGAACUGAGGCAUCAGAUUGGCACAAAACUAGUGAGAAGGCUUAGUCAAAGGCCCACCUCUGAAGAACUAGAACAAAGAAACAUCCUGAAACAAAAAAAUGAAGAAGAAGAACAAGAAGCUAAAAGAGAAUUGAAGCGUAGUCUCAGCCGAAAGCUUAGUUUGAGACCAACAGUGGCUGAACUUCAGGCACGAAGAAUCUUACGAUUUAAUGAAUAUGUGGAAGUAACAGAUUCACCAGAUUAUGAUCGACGUGCUGAUAAACCCUGGGCAAGAUUAACACCUGCAGACAAGGCAGCAAUACGGAAAGAAUUGAAUGAAUUCAAAAGCACAGAGAUGGAAGUACAUGAAGAAAGUAGACAGUUUACAAGGUUUCAUCGUCCUUAAGUGUUGAAAAUACUCUGCUGUUGAGCACAACUAUCUUUCCUGAGGAAAGUCCUCCAUCUUGAAGGCCAGAGUACAUCACAACUGGAAUGUCUGCAGCACCUUAAAACCUGAAGUUACUCUAUGUUGUGGAUCCUCAUAUUUAACAAAGAGACAGCUAGAAGAGAUACAGAAAAGAAUAUUAAAAAGGCCAUGUAAUAUGAAUGUUUACUAUUUUGUUUUGAAUAGAAAAUAUUACUGUUUUUUUCCUUACCAACAGUUAACUGGGGUGAACAGAAAAUUACUAUUGACAAGAAGGAAGCACAAUCCAUUUUCAAAUAGAAUGGGAACAGACGUAGUUGAACUAUUAUUUGUGGGCCAACUGAUAUACUUAGAAUAAAAAAAAAAUUCUUCAUGGAAGUAAGCUUAUACUAUAUUAAGAGACUGGAUUACUACAGCAACAUGAAAAACCAGGAAUGUGAACAAUUCUCUUUCUGUCUUCCAGAAUGUCUUUUUUGGAGAAUUGCCAAUUCUACUUCUCAUAAAUAGUACAGGAAUUUGAUGUAAUAUGUGAAUUUGGCAGUAAUUAGUGCAAUUCACAUUUAUGUUUAUGAUUGUAUGAUUAUGACCUCUAAAAUGUCCAUUGGCGGUUGCAGUUUUGAGUACAACUAGAUUAUAUGAGUUGUACAACAUUAAAACGGUUAAUAUGUAUCUUUAUUAUUUAGGACUGCAACACAAAUUCCCUUUUUUUUAAUCUGAUAAAUUUAACAGAGGCACCAAGGGUUCUCUGUAAUCAUGAAUCAAUUGAAAAAUAGGUUUAGAAAAUAAAAAAAAUGUGAGACAAUAAGAAUGCUGUGAAAAGAACUGAUAAUCUUUAAUCUUGCUUGAUCGGACAAUAGCGAUAAUCAGAUUUUCAAGCCAAACUCAAAAGUCAACAAAGAUGAAACACACAUGGACACUUUCCCCCUGUUUUGAUAGUUGAGCUAUAUUUAAUUGGUCCUUAAUAUCAGUAAGAACAAUGUAAGAUUAAGAGGAUGAUUUAUAUUGAAAUCAGGAUUUAUUUCUCUCAGAAUAGGAAAGGUCAUGACAGGAGUUUUCGGGGGGGAUGGGAAAGGGGCUGACAAAUCACAUAAAAUAAAUUGGCAUUACAUUGCUAUGUUUGGGACUACAGUAAAUCUUCGUUGAAACAAACUAAUGGGAUAGAAGAGGGGGUCCUUUACACUGAAAUGGCUGUUCAAAGGCACAUGGGAGUUUAUGCACAAGUAAAAAUGUCAAUAUACGUAUGUACAACGGCAAGUGGGUUUUUGUUGAAUCUGAACCAUAUCCAAUUAGUCUGAAGUUUUACUGCAUUUGCAAAUAAAACUCUUAUAGACACAAGUCUUCCCUGUUUGAGCACACCACCUGCACAUGGAUGGAUUCCUAGCAUAACGGUGCUUUGUUUUCUCUUUCCUUUGAUUCUUUGACAUCACACCAGUCAGCCUGGGAAAUGGGACCCUUGCCCACAUUUAUUUUUGUUCAAUCUAUCCUUCCAUUGUGCAGAAGAGGAAUAAUGGGGAUCUCCAAAAGAAAUAGUUCUUCUGUCCCCCAAAGAAUCUGUUGCACUGAACAUCUCCAUGGUAAGGAAGCAAACGGACAAAGCAGAACACUAUUAUAUGACAGAAAAAUUCCUUAUCAGCGUUAGGGAGCACCCAUCCCCCAACUCUUAUUAACCUAGAAUUUGAAUUACGUUGACUAAAAGUAUUCAGUGUUGCAGUUUUGCAGCAUUUGGAAUGAUUCAGGUUUUGUCCUUUGCCAUAGCAAGUUGAUGGCAGGCUUUAAUGGGAAAGGGACUUGCUGCUGUAGACAUUUAUUAACUCCUCCUCUAGGACCAUGAGAAAACUACCAAAAGGGGCUUUAAACUUACAGCCUUUGUUGUAUGUGGUUAUGUGGAGCAAAUGGUUGGUCUAAUUUUAUAUUACCUUGUAACUGUAUUUGUGAAUAUUCAAUUAGUAUAACAGUAAAAGGUGGAGUGCUUUAUUAUGUUGGUCCUAAAUAUGGUGGCUUAUUAUAAGCCGAUGACAUUGUUUACACUAAAAAUUGUCUUAUAUUAGCACUUAUUUAUCCUUUUAAUGUACACGGUAAAGCUUAAGGACCUGAAAUACCCAAGGGCAUGUACUGCAGUAUUACAAUAUAUUUGUAUUAUUUAUCCUUUUUUAAGUCUGUACAUACUACCAUUUAUUUUUGUCCAUGUGUUCUCUUUAGUUCCUAAUGAUAAAAGAUAUGUAUUUUUUUCAGCAAUAAAUGAUCUCUGUCAUGAU